AACGAAGAAGAGCUUGCGUGGUGGAGUAGUUCAUGCGGUGUUAACAUGGCUGCCAUCUAUAACUUCCAUGUGGUGUUUCAUUUUAUCACAAAUUAACUGUGCUGUCAUCAUUUUUCUUAUCGGUAAAGUUAGUUUCAUUGUAUCGGAUUAACAUUGAUAUUUACGUAUUGAGAGCUGGUUGUUCUAAGAAGCUGUCAGAAUGCAACACGACGACGUUAUAUGGGACCUUAUUGGCAAUAAGAGUUUUUGUUCAUAUAAAGUUAAAACGAAAACUCAGCAGUUCUGCCGAAAUGAGUACAACAUCACAGGCCUUUGCAAUAGAUCAUCAUGCCCCCUUGCCAAUAGUCAGUAUGCAACUAUAAGAGAAGAAAAAGGCCAGUGUUUUCUCUACAUGAAAGUUAUUGAGAGAGCAGCAUUUCCUUCUCGCAUGUGGGAGAAGGUGAAACUUGACAGAAACUAUGCAAAGGCUUUGGAACAGAUCGACGAGAACCUCAUCUACUGGCCUCGGUUUAUCCGUCACAAAUGUAAACAGCGAUUGACCAAGAUCACCCAGUAUCUCAUUCGAAUCCGCAAGCUCACAUUGAAAAGACAGAGAAAACUGGUUCCACUCAGUAGAAAAGUAGAGAGACGAGAAAAGAGGAGAGAGGAAAAAGCUCUUAUUGCUGCUCAGCUGGAAAAUGCCAUAGAAAAAGAACUGCUAGAUCGGCUAAAACAAGGAACAUAUGGAGACAUAUACAACUUCCCCAUCAAUGCCUUCGACAAAGCUAUGGAAAAACAGGAUGAAGAAAGUGAAUCUGAGGAGGAGGAGGAAGAGGAAGAUGAAGAGGAGUCUGGAACGAGAGAAUUCAUUGCGGAGGAUGAGUUUGAAGAGAGUGAUCUCAGUGAUUUUGAGGAAUUGAACAACCUGAAGGACAGCAGUGACGAAGAAGUGAACGAUGAAGAGGAGUCCAGUGAGGAGUCAGAGGAUGAGUCUGUGGAGGAGGUGAAGAGCAAGGCCAAAUCUAAAGGAAAAGCUCCGCUCAAAGGCCCAAGCAGGAAAAAGCGGGCCUAUGUGGAGAUUGAGUACGAACAAGAGACAGAACCAGCUCAGAAAAGCAAGGCUACAUAGAGACUCUGUGGAACGUUUCCAAAUAAUGGAAUGUGAUCUUUUACCAGACACUUGGAUUCAGUAAGAUCGUACAUUGGUGUGUGUUCUCCCAACACUCCCAUUAAAAGCUUUCUUGUGGGAUUUUUUUUUUUUUUUACAUUAAAUUAUGCUGAUGCCAAGCAUAAGUGCUAUUUUAAAUGUACAUUUGGAUCAACUUUGAUCCAUAUACAAAUAAUAAAAUUAAGUUCGUAUGACAUGCAAGGUA